AUGUCAAACAUUAUUCUCCCACUUUCCGAUUUUGAGAAUUCUAUCGUCGGGUGGGAGAGUCAAGAUGACCCAAAGAUGCCCCUGAAUUUUUCAGCAACUCGAAAGUGGGUAAUAGUUUGGGCGCUGGCGGCUAUUACUUUCAUGUCACCCUUGUCGUCGUCUGUCCUUGCUCCUGCUGUUGAAUAUAUCAACAAAGACUUCCAUAACUCCAACCCCACAAAUGGUCCCUUCCCAGUCAGCAUCUAUCUGUUGGGCUAUGCCACGGGUCCCCUAUUCUUGGCCCCCCUUUCUGAGAUCUUUGGUCGUGCUGGCGUGCUUACUUCAGCUAAUACUUUUUUCUGCUUAUGGCAUAUUGGAUGUGCUUUAUCCCCAAACCUCCGACUGCUCAUAGCGUUCCGAUUCGCAGCUGGUAUCGGAGGUAGCGGCUGCAUGACACUAGGAGGUGCCAUCAUCGGUGACCUAUUUCCUAUCGAGAAACGCGGUAUGGCUCUCUCCAUCUGGGCAUUAGGUCCGCUCGUAGGACCAACAGUAGGUCCACUAACAGGGGCCUUUAUCGCUGGAUCUAUUGGGUGGCGUUGGUCCUUUUGGAUUGUAUUGAUCCCGUCUGGUAUCUUUACUCUCAUUUUAGCUUUUUUCCUUCCCGAGACCAAUUACCAGGUCCUCCUACAACGGAAGGUCAAACGUUUAAGCAAAGACCUCAAAAAGACCGACCUUAAGACGUGUUACGAUGCUGAAGAAAUGGGCAAGGUAUCUCAGCUGAGCAUCCUAAGGACUGGUAUGCUACGGCCGUUGAAAAUGCUUAUAUUUGCACCUAUGAUUUUUAUACAGUCACUAUAUGUGUCCUUCAUCUACGGAUCCGUCUAUUUGAUGUAUGUCUCUCUUCCUCCGAUUUUUGAGACGCGUUACGGGUGGGGUAUCGGUCUCUCUGGCUUGGUUUUCAUCUCUAUCGGCGUUGGCUAUAUCGUCGGGCUAUGGGCCUUUUCAAUGCUGUCAGACAAAACGGUAGUGCGUCUGACCAGAGCCAACGGAGGUGUAUUCAAGCCAGAGUUUCGUUUGACCAUUAUGAUUUGGUAUUCCUUCCUAUGCCCGCUCUCAUUCUUCUGGUAUGGAUGGUCAGCACAGGCAAAAACGCACUGGAUUGUGCCAGUCUUAGGUCUAUUUCCUCUUGGAUUGGGUGUGAUCAGCGUCUUCAUGCCCACCCAAGCUUACAUUAUUGACGCUUAUCCUUCGUACGCUGCGUCGGGGAUCGCUGCAUUCACUGUCUUGCGCAGUGUUGUUGCUGCUUUUCUUCCUCUAUGUGGACCUGUGCUUUUCAAUCACCUGGGGGUGGGCUGGGGGAGCUCCGUGCUCGGCUUCGUCGGCGUGGCCAUGAUCCCUAUCCCCAUCAUCAUCUACAAAUUUGGGGCACGACUGAGAGAGAAAUACCCUCUAAAGUUAUAA